ACAGCAGGCUCAGUCAUAUAAGGAGUGCAGUCUUGGCUUGCGUGCUCAGCAAUGGCAUUUGCCAGGUGGCCUCACCUCCUUCUGGCCCUGCUCUCCUGCUUGGUGGUCUCUGGCAUCCCAAGAAGCCCUUCCUGGCCAUUAGUGAAACGGAGCCUCCCAGAAGGGGUGGUUAAUGGCAUCGAGAUCUAUAGUACCAAGAUCAGCAGCAAGGUCACCUCCCGCUUUGCUCACAAUGUGGUCACCACACGGGCUGUCAACCGAGCAGACACAGCCAAGGAGGUCUCCUUUGACGUGGAGCUGCCCAAGACCGCCUUCAUCACCAACUUCACCUUGACCAUCGAUGGUGUUACCUACCCUGGGAACAUCAAAGAGAAAGAAGUCGCCAAGAAGCAGUAUGAAAAGGCCGUGUCUCAGGGCAAGACAGCUGGCUUGGUAAAGGCCUCUGGGAGAAAGCUGGAGAAAUUCACCGUCUCGGUCAAUGUGGCUGCAGGCAGCAAAGUCACCUUUGAGCUAACCUACGAGGAGCUGCUGAAGAGACACAAGGGCAAGUACGAGAUGUACCUCAAGAUCAAGCCCAAGCAACUGGUCAGGCACUUUGAGAUCCAUGCAGACAUCUUCGAGCCCCAGGGCAUCAGCAUGCUGGACGCUAAGGCUUCAUUCAUCACCAAUGACCUCCUGGCCAGUGCCCUCACCAAGUCCUUCUCAGGGAAAAAGGGCCAUGUAUCCUUCAAGCCCAGCUUGGAUCAACAGCGUUCAUGCCCAAACUGUACAGACUCCCUCCUUGACGGAGAUUUAACCAUCUCCUAUGAUGUGAACAGAGAGUCUCCAGCUAACUUGCAGAUCGUCAAUGGCUAUUUUGUGCAUUUCUUUGCACCUAAAGACCUUCCAGUGGUGCCUAAGAAUGUGGUCUUCGUGAUUGAUGUCAGUGGCUCCAUGCUAGGUCGGAAAUUAAGUCAGACAAAGGAUGCCCUCCUCAGAAUCCUAGAGGACAUGAAGCCAGAAGACUACCUGAAUUUCAUACUGUUCAGUACUGAUGUGACCACAUGGAAAGACAAAUUAAUUCAAGCCACCCCUGAGAACAUCCAGGAAGCCAAGGAGUUUGUGAAGAGUAUUAGGGCUUUAAUGUUAACCAACAUCCAUGACGGGAUGAUGACAGGCAUCAACAUGCUGAAGAAGGCCCAGGAGGAGAAUCUGGUCCCACAGAGGAGCACCUCCGUCCUCAUCAUGCUGACUGACGGGGACGCGAAUGUUGGUGUAAGUAACCCAGAAGAAAUCCAAGAGAAAGUGCGGAAGGCCAUUGGGGGCAAGUUCCCCUUAUAUAACCUGGGUUUUGGCUACAGCAUGAAUUAUAAUUUUCUGGAGAAUAUGGCCCUGGAAAACAAUGGAUUUGCCCGGCGCAUUUAUGAGGAUUCUGAUGCCGAUUUGCAGUUGCAGGGUUUCUAUGAGGAGAUAGCCAACCCAUUGCUGACGGACGUGGAGAUGGAGUACCCUACCAACGCCAUUAUGGACCUCACCAAGAACACUUACCAGCACUUCUAUGAUGGCUCCGAGAUUGUGGUGGCUGGGCAACUGGUGGACAAGGACCUGAGCCAUUUCAAGGCAGAUGUGAAGGGUCAUGGGGCUGUCAAUGAUCUGACCUUCACAGAAGAGGUAGACAUGAAGGAGAUGGAGAAGGCCCUGAAGGAACAGGACUACAUUUUUGGGGACUACAUUGAGCGGCUCUGGGCCUACCUCACCAUUGAGCAGCUGCUAGAUAAACGCAAGAACGCCCAUGGUGAGGAGAAGGAGAACCUCACAGCCCAGGCCCUGGACCUGUCCCUCAAGUACCACUUUGUGACUCCACUGACCUCCAUGGUGGUGACUAAGCCUGAGGACAAUGAGGACCAGACAUCCAUCGCUGACAAGCCUGGUGAAGGUGCGUGUUGUCCAGACUCGACCUUCUCUCCCUUUGCAUCCACAGUCAGCUACCACAGACCUCAAACACCCUAUUACUAUGUGGAUGGGGACCCCCACUUCAUCAUCCAAGUCCCAGAGAAAGAUGAUGCCCUCUGCUUCAACAUCGAUGAAGACCCAGGCACAGUGCUGCGCCUCAUUCAGGACCCUGUCACAGGCCUCACAGUUAAUGGGCAGAUCAUUGGUGACAAGACAGGCAGUCCUCACUCUAAUACCACAAAGACUUACUUUGGCAAACUGGGCAUUGCCAAUGCUCACAUGGACUCCCGGAUUGAGGUGACGCCAGAGAAGAUCACCCUGUGGAAUGGGGCUGUACGGAGCACCUUCAGCUGGCUUGACACAGUCACGAUCUCGCAGGAUGGGCUGUCCGUGACCAUCAACAGGAAAAAGAACAUGGUGAUCUCCUUUGGAGAUGGGGUUACCUUUGUGGUCGUCCUGCACCAGGUGUGGAAGAAACAUCCUUUCCACCAGGACUACCUGGGCUUCUAUGUGGUUAACAGUCGCCAGAUGUCGGCACAGACACACGGGCUGCUGGGACAAUUCUUCCACCCCAUUGACUUUAAAGUGUCUGACAUACACUUGGGUUCUGACCCCACAAAGCCACAAGCCACAAUGACAGUGAAGAACCAGCAGCUGAAGGUCACCAGGGGCUCCCAGAAAGACUACAGGAAGGAUGUCAGCGUUGGCACGAAGGUUGCAUGCUGGUUUGUCCACAACAAUGGGCAGGGGCUGAUUGAUGGUGUUCACAGUGACUACAUUGUCCCCGACCUGUUCUGAGUAGGCGCAAGCCCUCCCCUGCUGAGACGGCUGGCCCAGCUUGCCUGGCAUCUGGAACAGGGGAACAGAGUGGGGCCUAAGGGAGGGCCAUGGCAAUAAAACCUGAGGCGGAAGCCAGA